AUGUUCAGUAUAGGUGUGAGGUAUGAUUUGGCAAAGUUAUCUGAUCUGAAGAUUGAGCAGGAGUGGCAAUAUGACGGUUUCUUGGCACCGUGUUCUUGUAAGGCACACAUUGAAUGUAGUACUACCCAGUUGCUACCAACAGAAGAUGCACACAACUGUAUUGAUAAAGCAGUGUUGAUUGGCGCAACGACCAAUAUGUUCUCACGCAACAUGUCGCGCUCGUUAUCAGUGCACUCAAGGAAAUGUCAGUUCGAUAAACAGGCGAGAGAGUUGGGGUCUACAUGGUUUGCUGAUCUGGGACCACCAUUCGGUGUGAUGUACUGCUUCAAAUGUGAGUGUUUACCGGUACAAAAGAAAAGGAGAGUUGUGGCUAAAGUACGAUGUCGGAACAUCAAGAACGAGUGCCCGGAACCUACGUGCGAUACGCCGGUUCUGCUCCCGGGAAGGUGCUGCAAGACUUGCCCAGGCGAUGUGAACUAUUCUUUACCGAGCAGAUACAUGCUCUGUGUACCGAGUGCUGCCGAACCAUUCGACUCCCCGUCCCAACACUCCCGCAAACAAAACCGUAGCAAACCAUACGAAACGAUACCGCACCGAAACCGAGCCGGUCACAGAUUCGGUACAGAAACGAAAGCGACACGAGUCCUUAGCAUGUGA